AGAAAACAGAAACAGAGUCACCUAUUCAAACGUUAGAAAAGGAUGGAAAGACGAUUGGAAAUUUACGCUUCAAGCACUUUAUCUCCUGCACAACUUGAAGUUUAUGCUCUUUAUGAACAUCUUGGCAUUCAUAUGGACAACAAAUCAUUCCAGGCUAUUUGGAAGCUGGUUCAGAUGAAUGUUCCAACGUCUGUCAUCAUGGAUAUCUUGCAAGACAUCUCUAGACACUAAACAGAUCAACCAGAUACAACCAUUAGUAGCCAGUCCAACCUUCUUUAUUAUUAAAAGGUUAUAAGUAUUGGCUUCUCAAUAUGGCUGAAUGUUGUGUGGUUCUGUUCGGUGACUUCUACUGUAAAACUACUUUUCUGGACGCUGAUCUUAUUUUCACCAUUUUGUCUGGAAAUCGUGGAUUUAGCGGUAUUUUGGACCAAACCAAGAUGGCCGCCAUUAAGGAAAAAAUGGGAGGAAAGUUUGAGAAUAUUGCUGAAAUGGCAAAACAAGCUUUUACUGAAAUUAGUGAACAUUACGAUAUAAGGGUUGAGGACGAGGAAUUGAUCUGGAGAAAAGUAGGAGGAAAGAUACAGCUGCGUCUUGCCUCCAUCAAACUCACUCCGAUCAACUUCAAUGACGCUCAGGCGGAAAUUAUUAAUUUUCUUCUUGGAUCCGGCGCGAAAAACAAAUCCAAGAUGGCGGAGAUAAAACAUGAUCUGGAGAAGAAAACAGCUGAUUUGGAUAAAUCUGUGAAAAUUAACAAGGAGCUUGCCGUAGCCCAAGAGGAAUCACGUGAGAGUUUGCUCAAACAGUUUGUGCAGAUUUUGAACACCAAAAAACUAAGAAUUCGAGAACUUGAAUCUGAACUUAACCAGAUUCACAAAAGGGUUGGCCCUGAAGCUUUCGAGGGGAGUGAUAAAGAAAGUGAUUAUGAUGCUGCAACCGACGACGAAGAAGAAAAUGACGAUUUUAAAGAUGAAUCAAAUGAGAGGAAAAUCGGGGGCGGAUUAAAACGUAAAUUUGAAAAUACUUUUGAUGAUGGAGAAAAGUGUAAAUCUUCAGAAAUGAACAGCAGUCUUGAGGAGGGUUUAUUUGAAGACGUUUAAAUUGAAUAUUUUGAGAAAUUUUAAGUGAAACAGCUGCCCAGCAAUCCCAGGGACCAGGAUCCCUUCUUUAAUAUGAUAUGGAUUUUAAUGGUUAAGUACCAAUUUUUGUAAAUUUGUCGUCUUAUGAAAAUAAAGCACAAAUGAUCUUUUA